UUUUUGUUGCGUCGUUUGAAGAAAGAAGUAGAAUCUCAAUUGCCGGAUAAGGUUGAAUAUGUCGUUAAAUGUGACAUGAGUGCACUUCAAAGAGUACUCUAUCGUCAUAUGCAGAGUAAAGGCGUUAUUCUUACCGACGGUUCUGAAAAGGAUAAAAAAGGCCGUGGUGGUGCUCGUACUUUGAUGAAUAGUAUUAUGCAACUUCGUAAAAUUUGUAAUCAUCCAUUUUUGUUUGAACAAAUUGAAGAAUCAUAUGCUGAACAUUUGGGACUUAAUGAAAAAAUUGUCUCCGGUCCAGAUCUAUAUCGUUCUGCUGGUAAAUUCGAAUUGAUGGAUCGUAUUCUUCCCAAAUUCAAACAAUCCGGUCAUCGUGUAUUGAUUUUCUGUCAAAUGACAUCCUCUAUGACUAUUCUUGAAGAUUAUUUUAAUUUCAGAAGUUACAAAUAUCUUCGUCUUGAUGGUACAACAAAAGCUGAUGAGCGUGGAGAAUUGCUUUCACAGUUUAACGAAAAAGAUUCUGAAUAUUUUAUUUUCAUUCUUUCUACACGUGCCGGUGGUUUAGGUUUAAAUUUACAAACUGCCGAUACUGUCAUUAUUUUCGAUUCUGAUUGGAAUCCUCAUCAAGAUUUACAGGCACAGGAUCGUGCCCAUCGUAUUGGUCAAAAGAAUGAGGUGAGAGUAUUGCGUUUAAUCACUGUAAACUCUGUUGAAGAACGUAUUCUUGCUGCUGCUAAAUAUAAAUUGAAUUUAGACGAAAAGGUCAUUCAAGCUGGUAUGUUUGAUCAAAAGUCUACUGGUAGCGAACGACGUGUUUUCCUUCAGGCAAUUCUUCAAAACGAUGAUGGCGAAGAAGAUGAUGAGGAAAAUGAAAUUCCUGAUGAUGAAAUAAUCAAUCAAAUGAUUGCUCGUAAUGAAGAUGAAUUUGAACUUUUCCAGAAAAUGGAUCUCGAACGUAAAAAGGAAGAAGAAAAUGCAGCUGUUAAAAAGGCUCGAUUAUUGGAGGAAAAAGAACUUCCAUCCUGGCUUUUGAAAGAUGAUUUUGAGGUUGAACAAUUGACAAAUGAAGAUUGCGAUGACAAAAUCUUUGGCCGUGGUAAUCGUCAACGAAAAGAGGUCGAUUAUUCUGAUGCUUUGACCGAUAAGCAAUGGCUUAAAGCUCUGGAAGAGGAAGA